AUGAGCAGCCAAGAAUUCAAGCAAGCCCCUCACAAGCUCCUGGUCAUCCCAGGACCCAUUGAGGUCGGCGACGAUGUGCUCUUGGCCAAUGCGCACCCGUCCAUGUCGCACAUGUCGCCCGACUUUAUCCCUGUCCUUGGCGACUGCAUUCGCAUGGUCCGAAAAGUCCUCUUUGCGCCCGACGCACAGCCGGUCAUCACUGCCGGCAGCGGCACGCUGGGCUGGGACCAUGUCGCAGCCAACGUGAUUGAGCCUGGCGAGGAUGCGCUCGUGCUCAACAGCGGCUACUUUGGUGACAGCUUUGCCGAAUGCCUUGAGACAUACGGCGCCAAGGUCGACCAGCUCAAGGCGCCCAUCGGCUCAAAGCCCUCGCUCGCCGAGGUGGAGGCGAAGCUCAAGUCAAAGAAGUACAAGGUCGUCACUUUCACCCACGUCGACACCUCGACGGCCGUCCUUUCGGAUGCCAAGGGUCUGGGUGAGGUCGUCAAGCGCGUCAGCCCCGAGUCGAUUCUUGUCCUCGAUGGCGUGUGCAGCGUGGGAUCCGAGGAGAUCCGGAUGCAGGACUGGGGCAUCGACGUCGUCCUCACCGCGUCGCAAAAGGGCCUUGGCUGCCCACCCGGCCUCGUGAUCCUUGCUGCCUCGCCCAAGGCUAUCAAGGCCUUUGAGGCGCGAAAGACGAGGCCCAACAGCUACUAUGGCUCCUGGCAAAAGUGGUUGCCCGUCAUGAAGGCCUACGAGGCCGGCACGGGCGCCUACUUUGGCACACCACCAACCAACCUCAUCUAUGCGCUCCACCAGUCGCUCACGACGAUGACGACGCAGUCGCCCUCGCUUGAGGAGCGCUUCAAGCAGCACGUUGCCGCCUCUGACCGCGUCAAGAACUUCAUCCAGGGUCUUGGCCUUGAGCAGCUCGUCGCCGACGGCAUCAAGGAUGGUGCCCACGGCAUGACGGCCGUCAAGUACCCCACCGGACUCAAGGCGCCCGACGUGCUGCCAAAGAUGGUCGCAAAGAACGUCGUGCUCGCUCCCGGUCUGCACAAGGAGGUCAAGGACACUUACUUCCGAAUCGGCCACAUGGGCGUCACGGUCGUCAACGACAAGGAGCGCGGCGAUCUCGACCACCUCCUCAAGAGCCUCAAGGAGGUCCUGGCCGAUGCCGGCCACGCCCCUGCGCAGCAGUAA